CGAAAGAGGAAGGGCAGCGGUUGAACAGCCAAGCGGCAAUAAGGAGAGUACCGGCUUGGGCGAGAUCUGCAUCAGAUCAUGGCGCAGCUGCGGCAGAUCUCUCAGAGGACGCCAACAUCAGAGCCCAGCGACGCCUUGCAGCCACGCCGGCCCGGCCUGCGCUUCCUCCCACUCCCUCUCGCCCUCUUCCUGACCACCCUGUGGCGUGCAGCUGCUGACCAGCUGCCGACAGAGCUCUUUCGCAACCAUCGAAGCGCCGGCCGCAGGAAAGGCAGGACCCAUGCAUCCCUAAUGUUCAUCCCCUCUCUCCGCCUGUCCUCUCAUCAACGCAAAGCGUCGGCGAGGACAGACGCGGCUCGGCUCCCGCCGCUGGGUGGCUGGAUGCCGAUGACGUCUUCUUGUGUGCGUCUGCAUGUGGUCAAGGAGCCAGAGGUGGCCGUGAUCAGAGGUCUGAGUGAGGGUGAGAUGGCGCUGAUGCGGAAGCUGGAGAGCGAGGAGCAAGACUACCACGACCUGCAGAAGCAGCUUGAGAACCCUGACGUGUUCGCCAACCCACAGGUGUGUCACCUUAUAAGAAAUAAAGAAUGAUCAAUGAUUGCAGACUCAGUGUGUGUGUGUGUGUGAUUGUGUGUGUAUGUGUGUGCGUCUGUGUGUGGGUUGGUAUUGGGGUGCGUGUCAGGAGAUGGCUCGGAUCCAGAAGGGCAUCGCAGCCAAGGAGGAGUUGAUGAGCACCUUCCAGGAGUGGCGCAAGGCGCUGCAAGACCUGGACACCACAAAGGAACUGCUCUCGGCCGAAUCAGGGUGAGCAAAUGAGUGGAAAUCCGAUGACAUACACUGCAGAGGACCAUGGGGAUGCACGGUGUGGUGUGUUGUGGGUGUCAGUGAGAUGCGUGAGUUGGUGCAGAUGGAGCUGGAUGAGCUCGCGGAAAGGAUACCAGAGCUCAAGCAGAAACUCGAGGUCAGUCAUGGUGGGAGUGGAAGGAGGAGGGCAACAUAGGCAGCAUGCAAGUGCGUUGGUCUAUUGGUUGGUCGGUCGAUCAGAUAUUGCUGCUGCCGACGGAUCCGAACGACGACAAGAACAUCGUCAUGGAGAUCCGGCCGGGCACGGGCGGCGACGAGGCCAGCAUAUGGGCACAAGACCUGCUGCGGGUGGGUGAGGUGCAUGGCGUCAUCCAGUGUGGGGAGGGAGCAUGGCCGUCCUUAGCCCACUGCUCCCUGUUUGUUGCUUGUGGCAGGUGUACCAGAAGUAUGCCGGUGACCAGGGGUGGCGGUGCAAGAUCGUAUCGGUGAGUGAGAACACAACGCCAGCCAGCAGCGAGCCGGAAGAAGUGCACGUCUGCUGGCGUGUCUGGCUGUCCAUUCAGGAGGAGCCACCCAUGAUGGAGGUGGAGGGCGACAAGGUCUACAGCAAACUCAAAUUCGAGUCUGGGGUGCACCGGGUGCAGCGUGUUCCCGUCACCGAGACUCAGGUCGGCGGGGGAUCAGCGCAGAGGAGCCGUCACGCGACAUACACAACGCUUUCUCUCUUCUGUGUGUGCGUGUGGUUGCGGGUGUCAGGGCCGCAUCCACACGUCCACCGCGACCGUGGCCAUCAUGCCUGAGACGGAUGAUGUGAGCGUGGAGCUCAACAUGGAUGACGUCGAGCUCAAGACGGCUCGGUCCAGCGGGGCGGGUGGGCAAAAUGUCAACAAGGUCGAGACCGCCGUCGACCUCUUCCACAAACCCACCGGCAUUCGCAUCUUCUGCCAGCAGGAGAGGUAAAUACGACCUCUCCCCUCCAUGCAGACAUCCAUCCAUCCCCGUGCGGCGCGGUGCUGUGUGAAUCAGGUCUCAGCUGAAGAACAAGGAGACCGCCCUGAAGAUGCUGCGGUCGAAGCUCUAUGCGAUGGAGCUGGAGCGUCAGCAGGAGGAGAUCGCUUCCCUGCGGAAGAUGCAGGUGGGCACCGGGGCGCGGUCCGAGAAGAUCCGCACCUACAACUACAAGGACGCUCGUGUGACCGACCAUCGCCUCAAGAGGAACUUCUCGCUCGACCAGUUCCUGGGCGGCAACCUGGAGGACUUUGUGGCCGCGUGCAUCUAUGCCGACCAGCAGGAGAAGCUGCAGGAGCUCAACGAGGAGACCAAGCUGGUGUCGGCUGCAUGAGAUGAGUGGAGAGACCGUGUAUGUGUGCGAGUGUGAUGAUGCGUGUUUUGUCG